AUGGCUGUCUUCUGUCUGUAUGAGGAGGUACCCAUGGGCCAAAGCCAGCAUUGCUUGAGGGCCUACCUCAAGAGAGAUGGCCCGCUGACAUCCAUGGAGUCUCCAAAGGACAGAAGGGCCAAGUGCUUUCGGGGCAAAAAAGUCCUUGGAGAUUAUGAUAUCAAGGUAGAACAGGCGGAGUUUUCAGAGCUCAACCUGGUAGCCCACGCCGAUGGAACCUAUGCUGUGGAUAUGCAGGUGCUCCGGAAUGGCACAAAAGUUAUCCGGUCCUUCCGGCCAGACUUUGUCCUCAUCCGGCAGCAUGCAUUUGGCAUGGCAGAGAAUGAGGACUUCCGCCACCUGAUCAUCGGCAUGCAGUAUGCAGGCCUCCCCAGCAUCAACUCCUUGGAGUCCAUUUACAACUUCUGCGACAAGCCAUGGGUGUUUGCCCAGAUGGUGGCCAUCUACAAAACAUUGGGAGGAGAGAAGUUCCCACUCAUUGAGCAGACAUACUACCCCAACCACAAAGAGAUGCUGACGCUGCCCACGUUCCCUGUGGUGGUGAAGAUUGGCCACGCUCACUCAGGCAUGGGCAAGGUCAAAGUGGAAAACCACUAUGACUUCCAGGACAUUGCUAGUGUGGUGGCCCUCACCCAGACAUAUGCUACAGCAGAGCCGUUCAUUGAUGCCAAGUACGAUAUCCGGGUCCAGAAGAUUGGCAACAACUACAAGGCUUACAUGAGGACAUCCAUCUCAGGGAACUGGAAGACCAACACUGGCUCUGCAAUGCUGGAGCAGAUCGCCAUGUCAGACAGGUACAAGUUAUGGGUGGAUACCUGCUCUGAGAUGUUUGGCGGCCUAGACAUCUGUGCCGUCAAAGCUGUACAUGGGAAGGAUGGGAAGGACUACAUCUUUGAGGUCAUGGACUGUAGCAUGCCACUGAUUGGGGAACACCAGGUGGAAGACAGACAACUCAUCACUGAGCUAGUCAUCAGCAAGAUGAACCGGCUGCUGUCCAGGACUCCUGUCCUGCCUCCUCAGAGACCCCUAACCACCCAGCAGCCACAGAGUGGAACACUUAAGGAUCCGGAUCCGAGCAAGACCCCACCUCAGCGGCCAGCUCCCCAAGGGGGCCCUGGGCAGCCCCCAGGCAGAGCGCUGCCUCCACACCGGCUCCCCCCAGGACCAGCACCGACACCUUCCUCCUCCUCCUCCUCCUCCUCUUCCUCCUCCUCCUCCUCCUCCUCGGCUCCUCAGAGGUCAGGAGGCCCCGCCAUGGCCCACGGAGAGGCGCCCUCCAGCAGCCGCUGCCCCGCAGACGCCCAGCCACCCCCGGGUGCACCGCCGCGGGAGCCCCAGCCUCACCCACAGCUCAACAAGUCGCAGUCCCUGACAAAUGCCUUCAGCUUCGCUGAGUCCUCCUUCUUCCGGUCUUCAGCCAAUGAGGAUGAAGCCAAAGCGGAGACAAUCCGGAGCUUGAGGAAGUCCUUUGCCAGCCUGUUUUCAGAUUAGCUCCUCAGCCAACCAGGAAAGGCACCCGAGAUGCUCGCCAGCAGCAGGCCGCCGUGCGGGGUGGCGGCAGGCUGUGACUCGUGACUCGCGUGGCCCCUGCCUGUGUUCCGUUGUGCUCGGUGGUGUGGUGCGGCCCAGGAAGGACCAAAUGAUAGUGUGAGGGCAGGUGCAGGCCUGGAGCGAGGCCCCCAGCCCAGACCCCAGAGGAGAGAGCUGCUCCCAACCCAGACCCCAGAGGAGAGAGCUGCUCCCUGUAUUCCCGAGAGCUCCCUCCUGAGUCAUUGUGAGUUUAGUGGCCUUGGUGUGACGGCGCCAUCCUGUCUUACUCUUCCCCACGAAGCCAGGAUCCUCCUGUCUGAGGACCCCUGGAGGCUUCUCCACGCGCAGAUGCAUGCCUCCUGUAGUCAGGGCCGCUGGGCAGCAAGUACCUGCCCAGAGGUGCUUGGUCUCAGCCCCCCCUGGCCCUAGAUCCUUCGUGGUACCUGUUAGAGCACACGCUCCAAACCCCACUCUCCCUGAACUGCUGUGGGCGUACAGUGUUGUGAGUCUGCCCACCCGAGAGAGCGGGGGCUCCUCCGUGUCUCCCCCCUCCCCUCUGGAGAGCCGCUCCUGUGUGGGACCGGCCUUGACGUGGAGAGCUGCCCUGUGGAGACCGCAUGCCCUGCAGCAGCGCUGUGCAGC